AAUAGGGAUCAUCGCUUCAUUCACGUAGGCAAAGCACUUUUUCUUGUUCAUCUUCUCCGCAACCAAAGUCACCAAAGCAAACUAUGAGCAGCACACAAACUUCGCAAGCCAACAAGCGGCUGGAGCACCUUGGUGGACAUCUGGUCAAAAAGACUAGCAGGCCGGGAUUCCUCGGGGGGGACGUUGUGGUCGUCUCGGCAUUGCGCACUCCGCUAUGUAAGGCUAAGCGUGGGGCUUUCAAGAGCACCACCACGGACGACCUACUGGCCCCGGUAUUGGAGGCGGUGGUGAAGCAGUCUGGCGUCGACGCAGCCACGCUUGGUGAUAUUGUUGUGGGUAACGUCCUACAACCUGGUUCUGGAGCGGUGGGUGCGCGUAUGGCUCAAUUUUAUGCCGGGAUCCCGUAUCAGGUACCCCUUUGCACGCUGAACCGUCAGUGCUCCUCGGGCCUCCAGGCUUUCCUCCAGGUGGCUGCCAGCAUCCAGUCCGGCCUCUACGAGGCGGGCAUUGCCGGCGGCGUGGAGAGCAUGUCCCUGACGGAUAUGAGUACCUCGGUGCCCGAUGUAAAUUUCGAACGGGUCAGCGAGAACGCGCUCAGCAAGGACUGCACCAUCCCUAUGGGCCAGACCAGUGACGAGGUGGCGACCCGCUUUCAAGUUUCGAGGGAAGAUCAGGAUCGGUUUGCUGCGGCUUCGCACGCCAAGGCGGAGGCGGCGGUGAAGGCAGGCAAGUUCGCCGAGGAGAUCGUGCCCGUACGGGUGUCGAGCGGGGGGGAGGACGGGGGGGAGGACGAGGUGACGGUGGUGAGGGAGGACGAGGGCAUUCGACCGGGCACGACGCCUGAGAAGCUGGGAGGCCUGCGGUCAUCCUUCUCGGAGGGCGGGAGCACCACGGCCGGAAACAGCAGCCAGAUGACGGACGGGGCAGCGGCCGUGCUGGUGAUGAGUCGGGGGGCGGCCACGGCGCAGGGAAUGCACGUGAUGGGCGUUUUGAGGGGGGCCGCGGUGGUGGGGGUACCCCCUGAUAUCAUGGGGAUUGGCCCCGCCGUGGCCAUCCCGGCCGCCCUCGCCCAGGCCCGGCUGCGGGUGGAGGAUGUGGAUGUGUUUGAGAUAAAUGAGGCCUUUGCCAGCCAGUGUCUGUACUGCGUGCGCGAGCUCAAGAUCCCGAUGGAGAAGGUAAACCCGAACGGGGGGGCCAUUGCUCUCGGUCAUCCCUUAGGGGCGACGGGGGCCAGGCAAAUCGCCACGCUGCUGCACGAGAUGCGACGGACGAGAAAGCGAUGGGGGGUUGUGAGCAUGUGCAUCGGCACGGGGAUGGGCGCGGCGGCGGUGUUUGAGAACGAGGCGGCGGCAAACUGAGUCAAGCCGGGGGGGAAUGGCCGAGCAGAC